AUGAAUUUCCCCACUACACAGACUGAUCCCCAGACAAAUAAAUUCCAUCAUCCUUAUAAACCUUAUGAUAUUCAAUUACAAUUAAUGAAAUGUGUCUAUGAUGUCUUGAAUGAGGAUAAGAAGAUAGCAAUUUUAGAAAGUCCUACAGGAACAGGGAAAACUUUAUCAUUGAUUUGUGCCACCAUUACAUGGCUUCGAGAAAAUAAAGCAGAUUAUUUAGCUGGUAUUUCAAAAAAGACCACCAUCGAUUCAAAUGAAAAUACAGAAGAACAUGCUACAAAUGACAGCGAUGAAGAGGAGGAUGAACCAGAUUGGGUUAACGAGAGAUAUAAGAAUUCAAUCUUGAAAGAUAGGUUACAUCUUCUUAAAGAUUAUGAAGAUCAUUUGGAUCAUUUAAAGGGGAAGAAAACAAUAACAAAGACGGCUUCUAAAAUUAAUACUAAUAUUAUACGUCCUUAUAAGAGACUGAGAAAGAAUACAGAUGUACCACAGUUACAAGUUACCAUCUCUGAACAAGAUCUUUUACCGCAACCUUAUAAUUCAGAUUCUGAAGAUAUUAGUUGCAGACAAAAUGAAAAGGAUUCUAUCAAGUUAAAUAAAGACGUUCAAGCACUCUUGUCUAAAUUAGAAACGAAGGAACGGAAGCUUGACCAAGAUGAUAAAUGGGGUAAUGCUUCACCAAAUCCAAUUAAGAUAUAUUUUACUUCAAGGACACAUUCCCAACUAAGUCAAUUCGCUUCACAAUUAAGAUUACCUACAUUCCCAUCUUCAUUCAAAGAUGAUGUACCUCAUGAAAGAAUAAAGUAUAUUCCCUUAGGUUCUAAGAAAAUUCUCUGUAUAAAUCCAAACGUUAAGAAGUUCAAAACUGUUGAUGCCAUUAAUGACGCUUGUUCUGAAACUAGACAUUCUAAGGAAGGAUGUCCAUUUUAUCAAAAUACUCCAACAUGGCAUAAUGAUAGAGAUACCCUAGCAUUUAGAGAUAACGUUUAUGAAGACGUUCAUGAUAUUGAAGACACUGUGACAGUUGGAGAAUCAUUGGGAGUUUGCCCAUAUUAUGCCAUUAGAGAUUCAAUACCUGGAGCUGAAGUUAUUACACUACCUUAUCAAUAUUUAUUUUCCGAGUCUAUGAGAGAAAGUUUAAAAAUAGAUUUAGAAAAUUCAAUAGUAAUUAUCGAUGAAGCUCAUAAUCUUAUCGAUACCAUAAAUUCCAUUCAUUCAGCUGAAAUCUCAAUAACUGAUUUACAAAAAUGUUCAAAAGGUUUACAAUUAUAUUUACAAAAAUUUAAACUUAAAUUAAAUGCAGGAAAUAGAGUCAACUUACUGAAAUUAAUCAAAUUACUCAAUGUGAUCACAAAAUUUAUCACUGAUCGUUUCGAGAAACCAGGUCAAGAAUUCAACCCAUCUGAAAUAUUUAACAAUUCUAACGCUGAUGUAUUGAAUAUUCAUAAAUUAAACAAAUAUAUUAAACGAUCCAAAAUUGCAUAUAAAAUUGAAACAUACAUGGAUUCACUUAAAAUACCCUCAGAAUCAAAAACACAAGCCAAGAAAUCUCCAUCUGCAGCACAUCCAUUAUUGUUUAAAAUUGUUACUUUCCUUACCACAUUAACGAACCCAACAUCAGAAGGUCAAUUUUUUUUCGAGAAGGGAAAGGCAAUAAAAUACAUGUUAUUAGAACCAAGUAAACAAUUUGAACCAAUCAUUGAAAAAUCCAAAUGUGUUAUACUUGCUGGUGGUACAAUGGAACCGAUUUCAGAUUUCUAUGAUAAUUUAUUUCCUUCCAUCUCAAAAGAUUUGAUAACUUCAUUUUCAUGUGAUCAUGUCAUUCCUGAUAAGAAUUUAGAAACUUUUAUUAUAAAUGAAUCACAAUUCGAAUUUACUUUUGAAAAAAGACAAAACAUAUCCUUGGUUAAUGGUGCAUUAUUCCAAUUUUAUUUGCAAUUGAGCCAAAAUGUUCCUAAAAGUGGUGGUAUUGUUGGGUUUUUCCCCAGUUACCAAUAUUUACAAUUUAUCAUUGAUAAAUGGAAACACGCCGGUUUAUUUGACAAAUUAUAUAAAAUAAGGAAAAUAUUUUUCGAGUCGAAGGAUGGACCAGAUCCCUUAUCUGAAUAUUCCGAAGCUGUGACAAAUGGAGAUGGAGCUAUUUUAUUUGCCAUUGUGGGUGGGAAACUAUCUGAAGGUAUUAAUUUCCAGGAUAAUUUAUGUAGAGCAAUCGUAAUGGUUGGGUUACCAUAUCCAAACGUCUUUAGUGGUGAAUUGUUAGUGAAGAAAAACCAUUUGGAGAAGAAAAUUUUGAAAGAAGGUGGUAGUAAGCAAGAUGUUUCCACCGCAACGAGAAAUUUCUAUGAAAUUAUUUGUAUGAAGGCAGUCAAUCAAAGUGUCGGUAGAGCCAUUAGACAUGCUAAUGAUCAUGCUACAGUUUAUUUAUUAGAUAAACGCUUUAUAUCACCUAAUAUACGAACGAAAUUAUCUCAUUGGAUCAGCGGUAGGAUUCAAAAAGAAGACACUAUUAUGGAAGUCAUGAAAAAAACAAAGAAUUUUUUCUCUAAACAUAAAUAA